CAGACUAGUUCGCUUCAGUUUAUGUUUUUCCUAUUUGUAACGUGUCUGUGACCAUGUCUGAAACUGCACCUGUAGUUGCAGCAGCAGCAGCAGCUGCCCCUGCUCCAGCCUCUAAGGCUCCAGCCAAAAAGGCAAAGAAGGCGGCUGGGGGUUCGAAACUCCGGAAGCCCUCAGGCCCCAGCGUGACCGAGCUGAUCACUAAGGCAGUUUCAGUCUCUAAGGAGCGCAAAGGGCUCUCUUUGGCUGCUCUUAAGAAAGUUUUGGCAGCUGGCGGGUACGAUGUAGAAAAGAACAAUAGUCGUAUUAAGCUGGGUCUGAAAAGCCUGGUGAGCAAAGGUAUUUUGGUACAGACUAAAGGUACUGGUGCCUCUGGUUCCUUCAAACUCAACAAGAAGCCGGGUGAGAUCAAGGAAAAGGCUCCCAAGAAAAAGCCAGCAGCAAAGCCGAAGAAACCAGCUGCCAAGAAACCCGCCAGCGCCGCUAAAAAGCCCAAAAAGGCUGCGGCCGUGAAAAAGAGCCCGAAAAAAGCCAAGAAACCAGCGGCUUCCGCGGCCAAGAAAACGGCCAAGAGCCCGAAAAAGGCCAAACCCGCCAAGCCCAAAAAGGCAGCCAAGAGCCCGGCUAAGGCCAAGGCGGUGAAGCCCAAGGCUGCCAAGCCCAAGCCGACCAAACCCAAAGCAGGAAAGGCUAAGAAGGCAGCGCCUAAGAAGAAGUAAAGCUGUUUGAAGAGAAAAUUAGAAUCUCGUGCAAACAAACCCAACGGCUCUUUUAAGAGCCACCCAUCCCUUCCCCAAGGAGCUGAAACACCUAGUAUACUGUGCAUCAAAGGUUGCUUGGUGGAGGACCUGCCCUAACAGUUUUCACCUUUUAUAACAUUCCAAAACCUCUUUCUGUAUAGUUUAAGAAAUUUAAUAUCUCUGAACCAGAAACAAUUUAGAAAAA